GUCCAGCUAGUACUGGAAAGUCGUAUAUAAUACACAUUUUGUUAGAUUAUUUUCAAAAAUCUAAUCAAAACAGUCUUCUUAUGGCUUUAACCGGAAUUGCUGCCCAAAACAUUGGUGGUGCCACUAUCCACUCUACCUUACAAAUUAUUCAUGAUGAAUUUGGCUUUCAUACACUUAUAUUUAGAGAUCCCAACUACAUAAAUUCCCUCUCCCAUAUAAACACAAUCAUCAUUAAUGAAGUCUCAAUGGUAUCAAGUCAACUUCUGACCUUUAUCUCAAAGUUAUUCGAGUUAUUACAUAAAAACAAUUACCCAUUCGGAGGAAUUAACAUCAUUUUAGUUGGUGACUUGGCACAACUACCUCCCAUUCGCGGCUCUCCU